CUUCACGGCCCGCGGACACGCGGCAGCGGCUGUCCCACGUGACCGCGAACCAGCGACGUGAUUGGCUGGCGUCGUGUGGGGAGGGAGCGGGAGGGCGCUGAGGUGGCGGUGGCGGUGUGGCUGUCCCUGUCCCUGUCGUUAUCGUUGUUAUCGCUGUCGCUGUGGGUCGGAGCGCGAUGCUGGGGCUGCUCUCCAGGGUGCUCGCCUUCUUCUGGAGGCGGGCGGAGGGCGAUGAAGGAGGAGACGUGAGGCGGACGGGCGCAGAUGCAGGUCAUAAAGAAGUAAAAACCAUGCAAGGAGUGGUGACGAGAUUUUGCCAUGAUUAUGGGAUGAUCAAUGACUUGAUAAUCUUCACAAAAGACGCCGUUUCAAAUGGUAUGCCGCUGGCUGUUGGACAGGAAGUUAUUGCUGUUGUUGAAGAGGACAAAAUAUCAAGUGGCUUGAAGGCCAUCAGGGUAGAUGCAGUGCAGACUACAUGGGAAAGCUACAGUACCGCUUGUGAUGCUUCUGAGCAGCAUGCCAGAAUAUUAAUUGGCAAUAUUACUUCUCUCUGCAAGGAUGGUGGCUACAUUAAUCAGACUACUCAUUUCACAAUGGAAGAUGUCUGUGAAGGUUUCAAGCCUUAUGUAGGUGACUUGGUGCAAGCACAGUAUUUUAUUAAACCAACAACAUGGAGCAGUGAAGCAGUUGAUGUAAAGCCUUUGAGAUAUAAGCGAGUGGACAAGGUUCGCGUUUCCAGCGUCUGUGGAAGAAAUGGUACUGUAGAUGAGAAUAUAUUUUUCACUUUGGAUUCGUUGAGACUUCCUGAUGGCUAUUCACCUCGUGUACAUGAUAUAGUGAAUGUGAUUGUGGUGGAGAGCAAUCAGUCAUUUUAUGUUUGGAGAGCUCUCUGCUUGGCUCCAGUCGACCAGAAGGGACAAUCUCACUCCAACCCAAUUGAUCUGGAUGACCCAUAUGAAAACUUAAUGAGAAACAAAGGAGGGCUGGAAGUAUCAAGAACAACUGAUUUUGGAACUCUGAAGCAGGGGGAAUCUAGAAGCAUGAUCGUUUGGAUAGAGAAUAAAGGGAGUGUACCACAGUCCUUAAUCAGCUGCAGAUUAGCUGGAUGGGUGAAAGACAAGCAAUUCAGUUUUCAGAUUCCUCAAAAAUGCCAGGACAGUCCAUCAGCGCAUCUGUCAUCUUCUGCAAUAAAUCAAGAAAAUGUCUCAAAAGCUGUGAUUAAUUUCUGUAAUGGCAGUGGAGGAACAGCAUAUGAGUCACUGAAUAAUGCAUGCGUUACGAAGAAUGGAGUCAUUUCAGAUGAAAACAGUCCUCAGGAAAGGAAUUUAUCAAACACAGAAGAAAAUGUUUCCCUUGUAAAAGAUGAGAAUCUCUAUAAUGGUGAAAAAGAGCAAAAAGAAGAUGUUGAACAGGCAGUAAAUCACACUAACAUUACUGGAGAAGUCAUCAUACCACCAGGUGGAAAAACAUCUGUAGUGAUCAUAUGCACAGCUGUAAAUCCUGGAUACAGUAAAGAACUCCUGUUGCUUGGAUUUUCUGAUUUUACUAUCGGACGCUAUAUUGAAACCACAGUAACAAAUGAAGCAGAGCUUCUAAUAGCACCUGUGGAACCAUUUUCUUCAAGAAAGCCUAAAAUUACUUCAGUACCCCAGCAAAGGACGACAACGGUGGUUGCCCCUAUAUUCAAAAGAAAUAACAGAAAGCUUCCAAGCUUCCUCCCGCAUUAUACCAUACCAGAUGAGUUAAGAAGAUGUGUGGAGCAGAAGUUAGACGUACUGACCUUCCAGCCUCUCCUAGCAGAGGGUCUUAAUAUAAAUAAUUACAAAGCAAAAUUUUCUACUCUGUUAUGGCUUGAAGAGAUCUACGCAGAAAUGGAGAUAAAAGAUUUUAGCAUGAGUGGCAUUACUUUGAAAAGGAAUGGGAGCUUGUUAGUGUUAGAAGUGCCAGGACUGGAAGAAGGCAGACCUCACCUGAAUACAGGUGAUAAGGUGAUACUGAAAAGUCAAGUCUACUCUGAGCAUAUAAUAGAGUACGUUGCCUAUAUUACUGAGAUACGUAAUGAAGAAGUUACUCUUAAAUUCAAUGCAGAUUUUGAACAGGCUUACAACUCGGAACCCAUGGAUGUGGAAUUUGUUCACUGCAGGAUUACUAGCAGACGGUGCCAGCUGGCAGUUGAACAAGCUACCUGUCUGGGUGAAAAAGUUUUAUUUCCAGAACGGCUUCUCUUACGGUCACCACAAGCUGUCAAGACCCAAAAUAUUACCGAGUACGGUGGUGUUGAUGAUGGCCUUGAACAAUACUCCCAGCAGGAGAGUAAGGUCAAAAAACUGCAGAACAGACAGACAAAAUGCAUGGCAUCCAGGCAGAUGAACAUACCAGACAUGGUGACAGUUCCUGCGCAAACAAGCCAGCUUGUUGAUGAAACUGUGGCACUUAAGCAGAGAGCUGGUGAAUUUUUCAAUCCUGCUUUGAAUGAGCAACAGAAACUGGCAGUGAAAAGGAUAGUGAGUGGUGAAUGUCGUCCAACGCCUUACAUUCUCUUUGGGCCACCAGGAACUGGAAAAACAAUAACGGUAGUCGAAGCUAUUCUACAGAUACAUUAUACUUUACCAGAUAGUCGGAUCUUGGUUUGUGCUCCAUCAAAUGCUGCAACAGACCUGAUCUGCUUGAGGCUACAUCAAAGCAAUCUCUUAAAACCAGGAGCUAUGGUCCGAAUCAAUGCUAGCUGCAGAUCACCAGAGCAAAUUGAUGACAUAGUGAAACCUUACUGCAAAGAUGGCGAAGAUAUUUGGAAAGCAUCUUGGUUCAGGAUAAUAAUUACCACUUGUAGCAGUGCAGGAAUGUUUUAUCAAACAGCAGUAAGGCUUGGACACUUCACACAUAUGAUUUUGGAUGAAGCUGGGCAAGCAAGUGAACCAGAGAGCCUGAUUCCUAUCGGGUUGAUUUCAGAAGCUAAUGGACAGAUAGUUCUUGUUGGAGAUCCAAAGCAGUUAGGACCUGUAAUAAAAUCAAAAAUUGCAUUGGCAUUUGGAUUAAAUAUGUCCUUGCUGGAACGACUGUUAUCAAGGGAUAUGUAUCUGAGAGAUGAGGAUGCUUUCAGUGCCUCUGGAUCAUAUAAUCCUUUGUUGAUCACAAAGCUCAUAAAGAACUACAGGUCACAUUCUGCCUUGCUUGCUUUACCAUCUAAACUGUUUUAUCAUAAAGAGCUGGAAGUUUGUGCAGACACUUCAGUAGUAACUUCUUUGUUGCAUUGGGAGAAAUUGCCCAGGAAGGGAUUUCCGUUAAUUUUUCAUGGAGUCAGGGGCAAUGAAACACGUGAAGGCCGCAGCCCCUCGUGGUUUAAUCCAACUGAAGCAGUCCAAGUGAUGCAGUACUGUUGCCACCUGGCUAAAAAUGAAAGCACUGCAGUGUCUGUGACUGAUAUUGGAGUGAUUACACCGUAUCGUAAACAGGUGGAAAAAAUCAGAUUUCUUCUGAGAAGCAUUGAUUUGUCAGAUGUUAAAGUCGGCACGGUGGAAGAGUUUCAAGGGCAGGAGCACCUGGUUACCAUCCUAUCAACAGUGCGAUCUCAUGAAGGCAUGUUUAUGGAAGAGAAAUACUAUUUGGGCUUUCUCUCUAACCCAAAGCGAUUUAAUGUAGCAAUUACUAGAGCAAAAGCUUUGCUGAUUGUUGUGGGAAAUCCUCAUGUUCUUGUGAAAGAUCCCUGUUUUUGUGCACUGCUGGAGUACAGCUUAAUGAACAAAGCUUAUGUAGGUUGUGACCUGCCUUCAGAGCUGGAAUGCCUGCACCAAUGUGAGUGAUUUUUCCAGUGUUGAAGAUGCAUUCAGUCCUCUUCUGAUUUUGAAGCUAAGAAUGCUUAACAGAAAUCCAUUCCUGAGUGAAUCCAACACCUUUUGGCCUCAGGGAAAGGCACAUGUUCUGAAAUUCUGUGAAGUUUAUCCAAGAGACACUUGUAGUACUUCUAAAGAGUGUAAAGAGUGGCAAUCAGUCUGCUUUUUUUUUGGAGGGGGGAAAAAAGUGUAUAGCUUUAUGCUUCUGUUUAGAAGUGUAGACGAGUCCUGCAAGCUUCAGAAGAUACUGAUGAAUUAUGUUAAUUUUUUCUUAUUCUGUUUCUUUUUUUUUUUUUUUGAGUUUCUCAGUGUUCUCAGACUUCUGUAAUGACUUCUGAGACUGGUCUGUCCCAAGAACAUGUAUAUCUUGUAAUCUUGUUACAGGAGCGUUACAGUAAUAUAUCCACACAGUGAACUUGAGUGAUGCAUGAUUCAUUCCAGUUAACUGAUGCUGAAUAUCUUAAGCCAAGCAGGCUUAAAAGCCCUACUUGCUGGUCUAACAACUUGGAGUUCAUACAGGGUUCUCCUCUUUCUUUACUGCAGUCCAGAUGUCUGCUGUGGUAUAUGUCAGAAUGUGUCAGAUGACGUAUUUAAAAAGGAGGAGGUGGGGUGAAAAUUGUUCUGUGUUUCUGCAAACGCACUGUAGAAUAAAGCAUUGUAUUUUACUUCAACAAAAUGAAAAAUAAUUGGCUGAUGGCUUAGCAGUAAUCUUGCAGUCACCUUAUUUGUGUGCUGUGCUGUUCCCUUAAACUGAAUAUUACUCUCUUGUUCUCUCCUUGUUAACUAAGUCUCACCGUACAACGCUGUAGAAAUAAUAGUGAAGUAGUAUGUGCGCUUAUGAUGUACCAGAUCUUACAACCACUACUCAGCCCUACUGCUGCUUACACCUAUUGUCAAGUGUGCUCAUGCUCUCCUUGAGGAAGAGAUUUAUUAAUUCCUUGCUUUACCAAGAAAUGGUAGAGGCCAGAGUGCUGCAACCAUUUCUUGAAGAGCAAGAUGGAGGUGCAUUAAGUCAGAGAGCACAGGAAUACCUUGACAUUUUUCCCUCCUUGCCUUGUAUUAGAGAUUGAUGGGUUACAAAAAGCAAGAGGUAGUCUGAGCCGUUCAUGAGCCGUUAAGAGUUGAAAAAUCCUUCAAAAGACCAGUCAAGACACUGCAACAUCCCAGAGGUUUUCUUAAAAUUUAAGCAUGUAGUAUUCAACUGUGUACUCAUCAGGUUGUUCUGGUUUUCUCAAUAUGUUUCAAAAAGUAAUUAAGGUUUGAGAAGUACGUUCUGUUGUGGCUGUUGCAGCCUUACAAGUAGUCCAGAGUCAAAACUCUGUGCUGUGGCAAAGAGUUCCCUCAGUGGCUUUCUUUGUUUCUGAAAGAGAUACUUAAACCUGUAAGUAGCUGCAUUUAGACCUCAAAUAAAACAAUAAUAAAAGCAUGUUCUUUAAUGGCAUUUUAGAAUAUGAAGGCUUUAUCAGUCAUAGCCUCUCCUAUUGCUCAUUCUAGUCUUUUGCUGUUUUCAACCUUUUAAAGUUCUGAUUUAAUGGAAUUGCUGUCAUCGAUCUGUUCAGAGUGGUUCAGGUCAGGUCAGGCCAAAUCAUUGGCGUAGGAGUUGCUGGGCAAAUAAUUUUGUUUCUGCUAGUUCUAUAUCUUGUCAUAACAGAUAUUUGUUUUAUCUAAUAAAAGUUGCAUCCCUAACAAUUACAUAGCAACAUAUUGAAGGUCAGGCUGUGGGCUUCCAGCAUCAGCCAAAUUAUUCAAGCCUGCCAGCUCAAGCAGUCCAAGAUCCACGUGUGUGGCUGGGUGCUACCCGGUGCUGCGCUGAACCGGCUGCACAGGCAGGUGGAUGUAUUUCAACAAAUAAUGGGGGGUCAGAGUCCUGUUAAAUUUGUCUUGCUCUUCAUUCUCUUGAAAAGUGGUCAGUUUGUACCUGAAUGAGGAAAAAAUAAAUAAAAUCAGGUUGUGCUUGCAACCUGUAUUCUACA